AUGAGUUCGUUUUUGAUGAACUCGAGUCCGUACGCCGAGCCGAAAUUUCCACCUCCGGACGAAUACUCGCAGACGAGCUACGUCGCUAGUCAACAUGAUGGAUAUUACGGGCAGCAGGCCCACGACUACGCUACGUACCACGAGCACCGCGAUAGGAUAUACCACGACGUCGAUGCCUACAUCAGCACUUCAUCUUACAUGCCUCCGUGCGCGACUGGAGUAGCGGCACGAUCAACACAAGAUCAGUUUCAGCACGUACAUCAUGGCGUUAGCGGUCGGCAGUUACAGAACACCGCAGCACCGCACCCGAUAUCCGAACCACGGCCCUGCCGCCCCGUGUCCGCUUCAUCCACGGCGCCGCACAACCAAACUCAGAACUCGACUCAAAGUCCACCUGUAAUAUACUCCUGGAUGAAAAAGGUGCACUGCAACACAACAGCGCCAGGAACAUACGCUGGGGAGACGAAGCGAGCGCGGACGGCCUAUACCCGGCAUCAGGUGUUGGAACUGGAAAAGGAAUUUCAUUUUAAUCGCUAUCUCACACGUCGGCGACGUAUCGAGAUCGCUCACUCGCUGUGUCUGACGGAAAGACAGAUCAAAAUCUGGUUCCAGAACCGGCGCAUGAAGUGGAAAAAGGACAACAAACUGCCAAAUACGAAAAAUGUCAACAGCACGCGCACGCUGGCUGGUCUGCCGAGCAGCGGCAGCGGCGCUAGCUCCUCCACGCCACACAACAACGCCACACCAGCGCCGCCUGUUGCCGGUCACAAAGGUAACACCGUGGCGCCGCAGUCGGCGCCGAGCAGUCAGAGUUCGCCUGAGUACGCGAUCCUAACGUGA